CGCGGCAGCCAUAUUUGUUAAGGGAAGGGGACCCGCGGGCAGCGGACAACUUUUCUUGUCUUGAUCGGAUGCUUGGCUCCUCCAAACGACCCCUGAAUUAUGGCGGCUUCUGCGCCGGCCCCGCCGCGCACGACUGACUUUCCGGCUGAGGGUCGAUGCAGUUACUACGUGGAAAAGAAAAAGCGGUUCUGCAGGAUGGUGGUGGCAGCAGGGAGACGAUUCUGUGGGGAACAUGCUGGAGCCGCGGAGGAAGAAAAUGCUCGGAAAAGAAUUCUGUGUCCUUUAGAUCCAAAACACACAGUAUAUGAAGAUCAACUAGCAAAGCAUUUGAAAAAAUGUAACUCAAGAGAGAAGCCAAAACCUGACUUCUUUAUUCAAGAUAUUAAUGCGGGCUUAAACGAUGAAACAGAAAUACCUGAACAAUUAGUUCCGAUUUCUUCUCUUUCUGAAGAGCAGUUGGAAAGCUUAAUUAAGAAAUUGCGGAAAGCAAGUGAAGGUUUGAACUCUACACUUAAAGAUCAAAUUAUGUCCCAUCCAGCAUUGCAUGAUGCCCUUAAUGACCCUAAAAAUGGUGAUUCUGCAACCAAACACCUGAAACAGCAGGCUUCUAUUUUAGGUAACAUUGAAAAAUUAAAGUUACUUGGUCCAAGAAGAUGCUUUGUUGAGUUUGGAGCAGGAAAGGGAAAAUUAUCUCAUUGGGUUGAUAUUGCCUUAAAAGAUGCUGAAAAAGUUCACUUCAUCCUAGUAGAAAAGGUGACCACGAGAUUCAAGGUAGAUGGCAAACACAGAAAGAAAAAUUCAGUGUUUGAGAGACUUCAAAUUGAUAUUCAACACUUGUGUUUGAACAAGAUUCCUUUGCUAAGCAAAGAAAAACUGCCUGUGGUAGGAAUUGGAAAGCAUUUGUGUGGUGUGGCAACAGAUCUUGCAUUACGAUGUUUGGUUGAAACCUAUGCUGCCAGUUGUGAGGAAAGGAAUGAAGAACCUUUAGCCAAACGCAUAAAGAAUGAUAAAACAGAAAAAGAAAUUAACACUUUGGCCAAGGAAGGAAAUGAAAAAAAUGUCCCAGAGAAGUGGACCCCUGUGGCUGGCAUUGUUAUUGCACUCUGUUGUCACCACAGGUGUGAUUGGAGACAUUAUGUGGGCAAAGAGUAUUUCAGGGCUCUAGGCCUUGGAGCAGUGGAAUUCCACUACUUCCAGCGAAUGAGUAGUUGGGCAACUUGUGGAAUGCGAAAAACAUCUUUGGAAGCUUCCAAUCUUACCACAAAGAGAAAAGAUAAGCACAGCGAUGCCAGUGAAGAGCAUGAUGACGGUGGAUGCAGAAUCACAGACGACAGUGCUGAGAGUGUACCUGGGUUCCUUACUGUUGAAGAAAAGAAGAAAAUCGGACAUCUUUGUAAAUUGCUGAUUGACCAAGGCCGAGUUGAGUAUUUACAGCAGAAAGGAUUCAGUCCUGCUUUACAGUACUAUACAGAUCCUCUGGUGUCUUUGGAAAAUGUAUUGUUAACUGCUUUACCAAAUCAUCCUGUAUCACCAGAAACAACUCCUUAAUGGAAAAGAAAUUCUGA